UAUGCGUCUUCAAACGUCUCUUAUUGGACUGGCUAUUUUACUAGUCGACCAGCUUUCAAGGGAAUGAUCAGGGAAGCCAGUUCUCUUCUUCAGCUUUGCAAGCAGCUUGAUGCCGUUGCUGAUCUCGGUCCCGAAGAUGAUGCUGAUGUCGAAGUUAUGGCCAAGGCUUCAGCUCUUGUUCAACAUCAUGAUGCCGUCACGGAUGAAUCCACUUUCGCUGUUACCGUCUUCAACAGCAACUCGCGUAGCUUCUCUGGCUUGGUCACUAUCCCGUACAGUAGCAAACAAGCAAUGGUAAUGGGACCGAAAGGUGAUAGAGUACCCGUACAGCUGAUGAAAACAUUCCAAGUGAAUUCGCUAGACACCAAUGCUCGCGCACCGUAUGAGCUGGUCCUGCCCGUAGAAGUUGGUCCUUUAGGAUAUGCUACAUACAUAGUGGAUAACUCAACUUCAACGUGA